CGGUGAAGUACAGAGGAUUGACCUCCGGCUCAAAAAUGCACAUCAAACAGAUCGUCAUCGAGAACUUCAGGUCCUACAGGGGACACCAUGUUUUCGAUGGCCUGCACCCAGGACACAAUGCCAUAGUUGGUCUCAACGGUUCCGGCAAGAGCAGCCUCCUGGAGUCCAUCAGCUUCGUCCUGAGCAACCGCUACUACCCAAUCACAAAAGACCAAACGAUCUCAGUGAUUAACGACAACCCCAUAAACCACACGAGAUCGGCCUCAGUCGAGAUAAUCCUCUCGAACGACGACAAUGUCCUCUCAGUAGACGCCCCAGAGGUUCGAAUCCGCAGGGUGAUCUCCCUCGAGUUCGACCGCAUCACCAUCAACAACGAGAGCUUCGAUCCCGCAGACCUCUUCCAGCUGCUCUCACCAGUCUUCCCCAGGGAGAACCCCUACUACAUCGUUCGACAGGACGAGGUGGCUCAUCUGGCCACUGGCACUGACUCUGCCCGGUUCAAAGUAAUCUCCACAGCGAUCGGAGUCCACAAGUUCGACGAGGGUAUCACGAACCUCGUCUCCGAGAUCGCGAAGAAAACCGAGCACAUCGAGCACCUGCAGGCGGACCUCGACCGCCACAGCGAUAAGCUGUCCUCCAUGACGACCAAAUACCAGCACUUCACCAGAAUAAACAAGACGAGGCGUUACCUGGAGCACAAGCUCUACGGUCUGAACCUCCGGGAGUUGAAGUCCGACCUCUCCCGGCUCGCAGAGCCCUACGAGGAGGAGCUCCUGAAGGCCGAGGGAGCAAGAAAAGCCUACGAGAGCGUCAACUCGGAGUGCGUCGCCUUGAACGCUGAGGCCAACUCCCUCCAGGGGGAGAUCGACCUGCUGAAGAAGCUGAAGAGGAAGGCAGAGGCCGAAGACAUCGAGCUGACGAAGGAGCUGAACGCCCUGGGCCUCGAGGAGGCGGAAAUACGAGAGAAACUCCAGGGUUUGGAGUCAGGGGAGCUCGAGAGUUUCGACGAACGACGACAGAAGCUAGUCUCGAGGAUCUCCGACCUCGAGGAGAAGUCGAAGACGAUCGAGAAGGAGCUGCUGGAGACGAGGGAGGGCUGUGACGAGGCCUGUCGAGAGCUGGAGCGCCACGAGUACCAGUUGGUGGGCCUCUUCAGGAAGAAGAUGAUGGUGGAGAAGCUGAGGGCAGGGGAUCACGACCUCAGUGACAUAAUGCCAAGGGCUUCCCAAGUCACCAGGACCAUUCGGGAGGAGGAGGAGGAGGUGGCCCAGCAGGAGAUCAACGUGGAGAAGGCGUUCGCUCGGAAGACCGAAGGUGAGAAGGAGCUGGGGAAACUGAGGAAUCAGUUGAACGAAGUGAAGCUGCUGCUUCGUGAUCAGAAGAGGGAGAAGGAAGAGCUGCAGAGGUCGAGGUGUGACCUCCUGGGGAGGAGGAAGGAGCUGCAGAGGGAGGCAGACAUGCUUCGUGAUGACAUUGAGACACUGGUGAACAGGAUUGGGACGAUUAAACGAAAGCUCCAGGUGGUGGUUAGAGGGGAUGUUCUCGAGGGGAUCGAGUCGGUGAGGAAGAUUCUGGAUGACUGGAGGCAGAGGGAUGACAGGUUGGACCUUGUUAAUGGGGUCAAGGGGAUCUUGCUGGAGGUUUUUACCUGCAGUCAGCCUUCGGUGGCUUUUGCCGUGGAGGUCAGGGGUGGCGACCAGCUGUUCCAUCAUGUCGUGAGGGACAGGCUGGUGAUCUCUGAGGUUUUGAGGGAGAUGAGGGAGAGGAGCCUGAGGGGAAUCGUUAAUUUCAUCCCUCUGGGGGAUGUUGAGGAUCUCGAGGUGAGGUAUCCCCCGAGGGAGGAGUUUAAUUGCAGACCUAUGGUCUCGUUUCUGGUGCCGCGUGAGGACGAGUUCAAGAAGGCCGUGGACUUUGUCUUCGGGAAGACUGUUAUCGUGAUAAAUCUGAAGGAUGGCAUUGCUGUUGCGAGGACGCACGACCUCCAGGCGAUUACUCCCCAAGGACAACAGGUCCUGGGGAAGGGAAAAUUCAGAGGUGGUUUUCGAGACAACACGACCUCUCGAGUAGAGCUCUACAGAGAGUUCUCCGAGCAGAGAGACAGGCUCGACGAGGUCAAGUCCACUUACAAGCGCCUUCUCUACUCCCUCCAGCGGACCGACGAGGAGCUCCUCCUGCCCAUGUCUGACCUCCAAAAACUCGACAUGAAGAUCUACGCGUCUGAGCAGCACAUCUCACGCCUGCAGAUCGACAUUGCCGAGGCCUCCAGAAGCCUCGAGCUGGCGAACGACGAGUACUUCCCCCUGAGGAAGUACCUGAACGACACGAAGAUGAGACUGGAGGAGUCGAGGCUGGAGCUCUCAGUCGUGGAGGCAGAAAUCGAGGAGCUGGAGAGGACGUCCGUCGAGGAAGUCGAGGUGUCCAUUCAGCAGCUCCAGGAGGACUCCUUGUGGCUGGAGAAACGAAAGAAGAAGGCGACUGCUGACAUCCCCCACCUGGAGACCAGAUUGAGCUCCAUCAGGGAAAUUCUCUCUCGUUUUCAGAGGGACAAGGACGAGCUGGAAGAGCAUGCAAGGGAUUAUUCCCCGGAUCUCCUCCAGGAGCGACUGGUUGUCGUCCAGCAGAACCAGGAGAAAUGCAGGAGGAACCUGGAGGAGGUGGGCCAGAGGCUGGAGCCGAUCAACGAGAAGAUAAUCGCACUCACGAAGCAGUUGUCAGAGGUGGAGAAGACCCUGAGGGAGUUGGACUUUGAGGUGGAGAAGGCCAGGAUGAUCUGGGCGGCAGCGAAGGAGGACGUGGAGACGAUUGAAUCGAAGAUGGAUAGCCUGAAGGAGAAGAUGGGGGAGUGGGAGAAGAGGCUCGCCAACGUGGGGACCCUCCCCAGCAUCCGGAACCACAGGGUUUUUGACGAUAUGGGGAAGAAGGCGUUGGAGAGGAUGAUCAGGGACAUGGGGAGGGAGGAGAAGAGUCUCGGGGCUGUGGACUCUGGCAUCAAGGCCAAGAUGAAGAAGUUGGAGGGGCAGUUGAAGGCUUUGGAGGAGCUGGUGGUGAGGGAGGAGGAGAGGAAGAGGAGUUACGAGGUGGAGAUGGAGAGGAUUGAGGGGGAGAGGGUCGAGGCCUUGAGGGUUGGAUUCGAGAGGAUCAACGAGUUUUUUGGGGAGAUUUUUGGGGAGAUUGUGGUGAAUGGGAGGGCUAGGCUGUAUCCAGUGGAUGAGGAUGGGGGGGAGGUGGAGGAUGGCGAUUGGGGGAGGGUCAGGGGGGUGAGGAUGAGGGCGACAUUUGUUGGGGGGCAGGAGGUGGAGAGAAUGCAUCAGCUCUCUGGGGGACAGAAGACUGUCAUCGCUCUGACUUUGAUAUUUGCUGUUCAUAGGUUCAAGCCAGCGCCUUUUUAUUUACUUGAUGAGAUUGAUAAGGCACUUGAUGAGAGCUUCAGGGCCUCUGUGGCUGGGCUGGUUCAUGGGUUGAGUGGAAGUGCCCAGUUUUUGAUCAUUACGUUUAGGGAGGAGUUGUUGAUGCAGGCUCAGAGGUAUUUCAAGGUGACUUCUCGUCAUGAUUGUUCACAUGUGGAGGGCUGCAGUAGGGAGGAGGCUGUGGAGAUCAUUAGGAGGGAUCCUGAGGAUGAGUGAAUGAUUCUUCAAUUAUUUUUACAUUAUUUGUUCAUUUGCUGCAGAGUUUGUCGUAAGCUCGUGCCAGAUUUAGACUCUACUAUUCAUUUGUCCAUUUUUAUUAUUUUUUUAUUCGUGAUUGCAGGCAACUUUCUGUAAGAAAAAUGCCCCAAAAGUGUUGGAUGACUGUAAUUUAAUAUCAUUGUAAACCAUUCGUUUGUCUGUACUGUAUCUC